ACUCUUUAAGCCAGAAAGUUUCUCGAGCUCUCAAGUAUUUUCCUGGAAUUUCAUUGUUUUUUGUUUGAAUUAAAUGGCCUUAAUCUAACCCGUCAAUAAUCCUGUGUGCCCGUUGUGGUAAAUUGAAUUAGUGACUGAUGACAUAAAUCAUUAUCCAGAAGAAACUCAAGACUUAAAAGAAAGUUCAGGAAUGUAUUUGACAUUUCUAGAGACUUCCAGUAAUGUGAGUGAGUUAGUAUAAAACUGGUUGCUGCUUCACUCAGCUGGUAACAGUAAACAGUAAAGCAACCAGUAAAAACAAAUCUAAACCUCACUUGCAAACUUCAAACUUUCUUACUUUUUCCUGUGUUCCUAAUCUUGUGCUUUCAAUUUAUAUUUUGUGCUCAACAACAAUCAAAGUCUAUUAAAAUGUCUCUUGUUCCACGACUCAUUGAUACAAUGUUCCGAGAUCCAUUCGAUGAUAUCUAUCCAAUCAUCGCUUAUCGUGAACCAGUUAUGGAUUACCCUAGACGAUCAUGGGGUCAAAUGAAUCGUGCUCUUCGUCAAUUAGACCAAUUGUCUAAGCAUCUUAAUCAAGAAAUGGCAACAAUCAAGGAUUCCGAGGAUAAAUUCGAGGUUAAUGUUGAUUGUGCUCAUUUCAAACCAGAAGAGAUAAACGUUAAACUGUCUGACAAUAAUCUGGUUGUUGAAGCUAAACACGAAGAAAGAUCUGAUGAACAUGGUUACAUUUCUCGAUCAUUCAAGAGGCGAUAUGUUCUUCCAGAGAAUGUGGAAUUGGAGAAACUUCAGUCAAAUUUAGGAGUUGAUGGUGUACUUUCAAUCAAGGCUCCAAAGAAGGUUGUCAAUGCUGUUACAGGAGAAAAGAAGAUUCCAAUCACUUUGACCAACCAAGUCCAUCAACCAGUUGAAAGUGGUGAUAAAGCUCAAACUGAAAAGAUGGAAACCAAAUAAACAAACAAAUCAAGCCAAAGAUAUUGAAUCAAAAUUAAAUUCUGGUCCAAUCUCUAAAUUUAGGUUUUUGAAAUUGUUGUAUUGAAACAUGAGCUUUUUUAUGCAAAUGCAUAUGUGAUACUCUUUUAUAUUGUAAAGAUCUCACUUUACUCAUCUUAUUGUAAUUGUGAUCAUAAUUACAAUAAAAUUAUUUAUUAAUAUUUAAAAAAA